GCCGGGGGCAAAGGGGAGGUGCAAAACGCAACGGAGGGUUUGCCUUUUCCUCCGCGCUCUGAUUUCCCCCUCAUGGCGGGCAUUUCUCGGACGGCCCUGAUCUUCGGCGGGUUCGUCGCCGUGGUGGGCGCGGCCUUCUACCCUAUUUACUUCCGUCCGCUGAUGCACCUGGAGGAGUACAAAAAGGAGCAAUCGAUAAACCGAGCUGAUGUUAUCCAAGAAGAUGUUCAGCCUACAGGACUAAAAGUAUGGUCUGAUCCAUUUGGAAGAAAGUAAAGGCCUCAGUGGGUGGUGUCUUGAAGAUGGCUGCCCUUUCCUUAUUCCACUAAUAGUGCACCACGUUCUUCUAAUCCACGAAGAUAAUGCAGAACAUAUUCGGCGAGUCGGGUUUGUUUUGCAGUGUCUGCUUAUCUAAUGUGGGUCCCCCCCCCCCCACCACUCCAGCGGUAGAGGAGCAAACGGCAUUGAAUGUUUUCUUCAAAGCAGACGGAAUCCGUUUUCACUGAAGAAAGGGAAGAGGUUUCGCUUUUAGAAACCAGAGACAGUCAGAGUAAAUUAUGCAACCGGUGUUUCUAUAAAUGUGUGCGGACCAGCCGGACGUCUGCAAAGGAGAAAAGUGUUGCUUCUCUGUGUGUAUAAAUGAUGUUUUCAUUCAAACCGGAUGUGUUCUCCGAUUAAUCUGUCUCAUAAAUAAAAACGGAACAGAUCAUAUUAAUACGCAUUUGGCUCUGAUGUGAAGUUGGUGUACUCGAAAGCCACUCUUACUGGAUUUUUGGGUGUUUGCUUCGAAGUGAAUAUACUGCGGCUAAAUUCUUUGAGAUGGGGCCUGCUUAUGGCAGGAGAUGCAGGUCUGAAUUCCCUGGGGAGGAAAAAACUAAAUUUUAAUUCUCUUCACUGCCUCCGAAUGUUGGGCGAAAGCAAAGGGCACUGUUUUGUGUCGAUGAGGGGAAUGUUUAAUCUGUCCAUUUUAAUUUUGUAAUGAGAGAACGGGCAGAAUGAUUCACUCUGAUCUGUGGGCGUACUGUUCGAAAACAAAGUUUUGAAACGGUGGUCUUAGCUCAUAUUUAGCAGUCAAAUCUUUUGUAUGAUUUCGUUACAGCCGUGUCUUUCCCCCCCUGAAAUCUUCAUGGUGUGGUUUGUAUAGGAAACUUGGUGAGCUGCUUUUAAACAAAUAACCAAAAGGUUGAAACCUUACUGUGUCAUAUUAAUAUAGUUCAUAUACUAAGGUAUAUAAGUACCAUCCCCUAGGUAUGUAUAUAUGUAACCAAAAUUGAUGGAUUUUGAUGCACGGUUUUUAAUAUUUACAAUUGGAUUAAAGUUUUUGUGAUUUGA